CAAGCUCCUAUCUCCGAGGGCUUCUUCAUUGUUCGGCUCGCUUCCAUCUAACAUUCGAAGAACAUUCGAAGCGAAUAAAUAUUGAAAAUUGUCAGCAAACGAACAAUCUAAAUAUGAACAACCAUGGCUUUGACACAAGUGAAGAUCGAACAGAAGAACCUCCAUUCCAACCAAGAGCCUUGCCAUUGACUGGAACCUCCUCAAAAUCAGAUGCUGGGAAAAGAUGUCGAACGACUUCACUCACUGUACAGAGUGAGCAGAUAACCUUUUCUUGGGAAGGUAUCACCGUCCAAACUUCCACUUCUAGUAACUCUUGCUUUGGACUCAAGCACAGAUCCGUUUCGCAAUCCAAAAAAAUAUUGAAAAAUGUGAGUGGUUUCGUAAAACCUGGUCAGCUGGUGGCCAUCAUGGGCGCCUCAGGCGCUGGAAAAUCAACCCUAAUCAACUCAUUAACGUACCGAAAUUUGAAUGGAUUGGAGAUCACCUCCGGGACAAGAUUUGCUAAUGGGGUCGUAGUGAAUCCCAAUACUCUGACAGCUGUUUCUGGCUACGUUCAGCAAGAUGACCUUUUUAUUGGAACAUUAUCAGUCAGAGAACAACUGGAAUUCCAAGCUUUAGUUCGAAUGGAAACCCACAUUCCCAAGGCAAUUAGAAUGGAGAAGGUUGAUGCUGUGAUCCAGGAACUUGGUCUAGAUAAAUGCCAGAACCAAUACAUUGGUGUCCCUGGCAAAUUGGACGGAAUCUCUGGAGGAGAAAUGAAACGAUUAGCUUUUGCUUGUGAGGUACUAACAAAUCCGGCUCUCCUCUUUUGUGAUGAGCCCACAUCUGGACUGGACUCAUAUAUGGCCCAAAAUGUGGUUCAAGUUCUCAGAGCUCUGGCAGCCAAAGGCAAAACCAUUGUUUGUACCAUUCAUCAACCAAGUUCUCAGGUCUUUGCAUUAUUUGACCGGAUUCUUCUCAUGGCUGAAGGACGUUUGGCAUAUUUGGGUGAUUUGCCCAAGGCUGCUCUCUUUUUUGACAGGAUUGGACAUCCUUGCCCAGGCUUGUAUAAUCCAGCAGAUCAUUAUGUUCACGUUUUGGCAGUAGCUCCUGGAAAAGAGGAGGAAUGUCGGGCAAAGGUCAAAGAGAUUUGUGAAAUCUUUGAGAACUCACUUGAAGGUCAAAAUGUUUUCAACGAGGUUCAACAUCAGAAGAACCACGUGGGCUCAAUUCCCAAUUUUGGAAGUAACAAUGGAUCCGGAAAGAUCAGUCCAUACCGCGCCUCUUGGUAUGAACAAUUCAAGGCUUUACUCUGGAGGAGCUGGUUAUCUGUUAUCAAGAAUCCCAGUGUGACCAAAGUUCGAUUCGCACAAACUUUGUUAAUCAGCUUGGUUUUGGGAUUGAUCUAUCUAAACCAAGAGCUGAGCCAAGAAGGUGUAAUGAACAUCAACGGCGCUUUAUUCCUUCUUCUAACAAACAUGACUUUUAUGAACUUAUUCACCGUUAUGAACGUUUUUUCUCUAGAACUUCCAAUCUUCUUGAGGGAGCAUUUUAAUGGAAUGUACAGAGUGGAUGUCUACUACAUUUGCAAACAAUUGGCCGAGCUUCCCAUAUUUUUGGCUUUUCCCAUUUUAUUUGUCAGCAUCUAUUAUUGGAUGGUGGGACUGAACCCUCUAGCAGGACGAUUCUUCGUCACAAUGGCAAUUGCCACAUUAAUAACACAAGUGGUUAUCAGCUUUGGGUAUUUCAUCUCUUGUGUGACUCCCAACCUAUCCGUGGCUUUAGCCUUGGCCCCUCCACUUAUCAUUCCAAUUAUGCUCUUUGGAGGUUUCUUCUUGAACUUUGAGGCCAUUCCUGAAUGGUUGGGAUGGCUACAGUAUUUAUCAUGGUUCAAAUAUGGAAACGAGAUCCUAGUUAUCAACCAAUGGAAAGGGAUCACUCUGAAUUGCACAGGACAUUGCAAUUUUGAAACCGGCCAAGAUGUGAUCGAUUUCUACAAUUUUGACGAGAGCAACUAUGGGUUUGACAUUGCAAUGUUGGUGGUUAUGACCAUUCUGUUCAGGGUUUUGGGCUUUUUAGCCCUUUUGGCUCGAACAUAUCAAAAACAAAAAUAAUGCAAAAAAAUAAUGCCACUCCAACAA